CUGGAGUGAGACGGCGCCGCACCGCCGUGGCCGCCGUGACGCGGUCGCCGCCCGUCCUUCGCGAGUUUUCCCGUUUUUUCCUUCCCCAUUUUGGUGCGAAAGGGCCGGCUGCCAAUUGCCACAGAGUGCCACCUCGGGCCCCGGCAUUGCACGACCGCACCAGUCGCGAGUUCAUCGCCCUGCCUCUUCAAUCGUUUUGGCUCAACCAUCAGAGCUCUGUAGGGCUCCGCGAGUGCACUGUAGACGACCGCGGACGCGGAGCAGCCCUUGGAGACCCGCGGCCGCCCGAGGCGAUGUGUGACGAGUGACCCGAUGGCGGUCCCGGACUCCGAAGUCUCAGAGGCGGCGCGCAACCGCCCGGCGAGCCCGGCGAGCUUGACGCCUGGGAGGUAGGCCGUCCCGUCGAGCAGCGGUGCCCGCAACGCCACGAGUUGCCUACCCAGGCAGGCGCUCGGCCAGGCGCGGCGCCCGACGGUGCAGGCAUGUCGGGGACCAUCUUCGACGAGGACGGCGUGGCGGAGCUGGAGAGGAUCAUGGAGGAGUCCGGCGAGGACGAGGACGACGUGGAGGAGGACAUACAGGACGAGGAUGAAGACGAGGAGGACAAGGACAGGCCGCGGCGUCCACGCAGUGCGGUGCCCUUCCGACGUGCUGCCUCUGCCGCGUCUCCUAGCGCCAAGAGGAUCCACUGGAACGACGAGACCCACAUCGCGCCCUCCUCCGUCGGCUCGACCACCCCGGCCAGCUCUCGCGCCAGCUCUCCGGCGCGCUCCGCCACCCCCAAUGGAUCGCGGUCCGGCUCGCGGUCCGGCUCGUCGCCGGGCCCCACGUUCACCACGCGGCUGCGGUCUCGGAGCGUCUCGCUGGACGACCUGCGGGCCGCGGCGCGCCACGGGGCGCUCACCCCGGACAACAAAGGCAAAGAUGGUGACGUGUACCGCAUGAUCUCAAGCGCCGUGUACGAGGAGUGGUACUUCCGGAAGCAGCAGGAGCUGGCGGAGCGGAAGCGGAAGGAGCAGGAACAAGAGAGGAGGAGCGCCGAGGAGAUGGAGAAGAGAAAGGCUGAGAUGCAGAGGAAGUCGCAGGACAAGUUCCAGGAAUGGCUCCGACAAAAGACGCUCCAGCUCAAGUCCAAGGCGAACGAAAAGCCGGGGCCCGGGUCGCGGCAGGCGGUGCGGGCGCUGCACGGCCACCGCGUGGUGACGCCGGAGCGCGCCGAGAAGGCCUUCCAGGAGUGGAAGCGCGCCAAGGAGGAGCAGAAGACCAAGGCCCAGGACGACGCGGGGGCGGGCCGGCCGGGGCCGGGCAAGCCGGGCAAGCCGGGCAAGCUGCCCGCGAAGCACGCUGGCGCCGGCGAGGACGCCAAGAGGGAGGACGCCGAGAAGGCUUAUCAGAUGUGGAUAAAACGGAUCGAGGAAGAGAAGAGGCGAAAGGACGAGAAGAAGAAGAAGAUGGACGCCAAGAAGCAGGAGGAGAACGCGAGGAAGGAGACGGAGCGCAAGGAGCUGAACCAGAAGUCCUUCGACCGCUGGAAGACGGACAAGGAGCAGCAGCUGAAGCAGAUGGAGGAGAAGGCAAGGCGCAAGCAGGACCGUCAGGAGGCCCUGGAGCUGGAGCGCCGGCAGCAGCGUCAGUACGAGGCGCAGCAGGCUUUCCUGGUGUGGCUGGACGACGUGGAGGAGCGCGAGAGCCAGAGCAGCAGCAGAAGCAACAGCAGCAGAAGCAACAGCAGCGCCAGACGGUGAGGUUCCGGCCCGCCCGACGGCACAGCUGCUCCGACUGAGACGAGACGACUGUGAGGGAUCUCCGGGGAGAUGAUCGUCUGAAGAGGGAGAGUCGCUUUCGACGAGGAAGGGCACAAACACGUACUGCAGUUGGCCGCCGUGUUUGCGUCAUUCCCCGGCGACUUGCUUCUUUUUCGUUCUGUUUUUGUUUUCCGUGUGUGUUUAUGUUUUUGUUGUAAGUUUACCUCCUGUAGUGUUAUUGUAAGCGAUCAAGUCGCAGGCUCAAUUUUACCCGUGUUUUGUAAUAAUUUUUGUAUUGAAUCGGAAAUGGAUUAAUUAAAGGGGAAAAUAAGUUGAA